UACGGGCGGGCGGCGGACAUACUGACAUACGUGAAACUGAAGUACAAGUAAAUAAAACCGUAAAACUUUUGUUUUCAAUGCUUGCUUGAUAAAUAAAUCAAAUGAAGUGUUGUGGUUAUUAAAAUUACUGGAUCCAUCUUCCAAUGAAGAGUGAAACAUAAGAACUAUGUUUGUAUCAAACGAAAAAAAUGUUAGUAAGAAAACAUUUCAGAAACCAAAUAUCCUUAGAAAAAGCUCAAAGGUUUCGAAGCCAAGAGCAAGCCUAUCAAAUGUUGAAUCUCCUGUAUCUAUAUCUCUAGUCAACAAUGCUUAUGGGGAGGAGGCAAACAUAUCUUAUAGUUUGGACAAGAUUGUAAGCUGUGAGACUGAGGCACCAACUAAUCUCAAUCAGUCUGUGUGGAAGCUGACAUUAACUAAUACUAAUGAAAAUAAGGCUGAAGAUAAUCUACAUGCUGCAAUUGCUGUAGACCCUGAAAUUGAAGACAGCUCUACAAUUUCUACACAAAUAAGAGAUGUGGAAAAAACUUUUGAACAGAGUUCACUGAAUAUUGAAUCUUUUAUUAAUGGAGGCAGUAACACACAGGCAAUGCCUCUACAUUUUGUUGAAAACACACCAUCUCCUGAAGAAGACCCAUCAAAUUUGAAAACACAAUGGUGUUUUGAUAUAACUAACGAUGCCACAGAUAUUAUAAUAGAAAAUUGCAGUGACUCAGUGACCAAUGAAGAUGAACAAAGACAGGAGUCAGUUUUUGUAGUGCCCUCAAGCCUACCCUCAGACUUUAAUGAACAACAAAUGCCUGCACAUGAACAAGCUACUGAACAACCUACUCCUGUAGAAAUUAUGCCUGUGGAGUACUUUUCAAACAGAGCCAUAAAGUAUAAGUGUGACCAUCCCAACUGCAGUAAGGGUUUUUGGAGUGAAGAAAAAUUGAAAAAGCACAAAAAUUCGCAUAACAGGCCAGUGGUUCGAACUCCAACACAAGCAGUAAUUGAGUGCCCUGUGAAGAAAGUCACUGCCGAGGGAUUGGAGGAGAGAUGCCCGCAAACCUUUCAAGUCAGGAGUGAUCUCCUCAAACAUCUGAAUGACGAUCACACUCCUGAAGAUGCAUCAUACCGUUGCGGCGUGUGCGGGCGUCGCUUCUUCUGGGCGGGCGGGCUGCGCGCUCACGGCGCGUCGCUGUGCGCGCGCGGCGGGCUGGCGUGCGGCUGGCCCGGCUGCGGCCGCGUGUUCCGCCUGCCCUGCCGGCUCAGGGAGCACGCGCGCGCGCACACCGGCGACCGCCCCUACCGCUGCCGCUACCCGGAGUGCGGCUGGGCGUUCCGCUCGGCCAGCAAGCUGGUGCGGCACGCGCGGCGGCACACGGACGAGCGGCGCCACGCGUGCGGCGCGUGCGGCCGCGCCUUCCUGCGCCGCGAGCACCUGCGCGAGCACGCCGCGCGCCACCACCGCCAGGCCGACAGGGCCACGCACCGCUGCACGCACCCAGGUUGUGAACAAUCCUUUACUAACAUGAGCACCCUAUACACGCACAUGAAGAAGGUUCAUAGAAAAGAGGCAAAAGAUUGCGAAACAUCAAACUCUCAGGAUGAGCCGACAGUUAGAGUGGACGGAGACAAUAUCUUCAUGGUUAGUUUAGUAGACGAAGCACCUGUGGCUGACGAAGACUCGACAAGUGUAGAGGCGGUGACGAGCGAGCUGGAGGCCGAGUCCGCGGGCCCGGCUGCGGCGGGCGAGGCGGAGGGCGCGGGGGGCGCGGGCGGGGGCGCGGGCGGGGGCGCGGGGUGCGCGGAGGGGCGCGCGGCCCGCACGCACUGCACGUGGCCGCUGCCGCGACACACGCAGCUGCAUCACUACGUGCUCGACGACGACACGCACGUGGAGCGAGCAGAGGGUUCCGGUAGCGAUGUGUAUACCGUGCGUAGUGAUCUAUUCCUUCACGGCAAUGCCCCGAUCGAUGAGGACAGUCAGCAUAUCGUAGGAGCUGCGGCCGAAGAAGUAGCACCGCUUGACGCCGACCUAUGCCUUAUCGACGCGCAUCCUACUAUUGAUCUCAUGCAGGAGGAGUUGAUGUAUGAAGAUGCUGCGGUCGACGAGUCCUCGUUCAGGGUGUUUCUCAUGAACGGCGAGGAGCUUACAUAGAUUAAAUCAACUACAUACAUGUAAGUCAACUUUACAAAAGGCUGCUACAAGCGAGUCAUUGUUAUUUGUACGUUAAUAUAUUAUAAUAUCACUGCGAGUGAAACUGUUGUCAGGUACAGUUCAGUAAGAAUUUCAUCGGAGUUAUUGUACUGAGUCAGUUCUUUGCCAUUACCUAUCACAACUGUUAUUGCUACUCAAUUUUGUUGUUUUCGUGUUUGCAAUGUUUAGGCGAAUAAUUAUACUGUAGUGGAAAGACUGAAUGUAUUUGUCAACGACUCGAUGAUCUCAGUGUGCCGGUGUGUUGUUUAUACGGUACAUACUAAAGACAUGAUUAUUAUUAUCUUUAGGGUGCAAUACUAUAAUUUAAUGUGUCUGUUUAGAUUGGCCGCUACCUUAGGCUCACAAUGUAAUCUUAAUGACUUUCUGAUUAAUUAUACUCUUAUUACUCUUUAUAUAAUUAGCAGUCGUGUAAUACGAGGAUCAAUUGAACACAAUUAGAUUUAUUAAGUCUACUAAUGGUUAUGCUUAGAUUGAAAUGUGAGUAUGUAGCAACGUCACUAACUUUUAGCUAUCUAUGCAAAAAUAAGUUUCCAGAAAUCACAGAUGUCAUAGACCAGUAUACUGCGAAUGUGACGAAGGAUAAUGUUAAGAAACUCCUAUAGGUUACGUCCCGUUUUCGUAAGUCUUCAUCUACCUAUUUAUGAAUGUAUUCACAUAUUUUUCGAUAAUAAAUAAUACACAACAUUUUCUACGUGAUGAAACAAUAUAAUCCUCUAUUUGGGAAAACUUUGCUCACUCUAAAUUCGUAAUGUAAGUUAUGAUCUCUAAAAUGCCUUUUAGAUUUAAGGUUAACUAGAGAAUUAGUAUAAAAUAAUACUGAAUGUUUGUGAUAUUGAUAUGUCUUUAAAGAAACCAUUGAUUAUUGUGCUUAGAUACAGUUUCAAGUUGAAUAGAUAUAAGGUACUCACUAUUGAACUUGUGAAACAUGUUACUUAGACUAACUCAGUUAAUACGUAGGUACAAAGGUGAUGUGAAAUGUUUGUAUGUAGCCAGGUUACUGUCUGUGACUAGCUCUCCGAGAGAGAAUGUUAACGUGAAGUCAUUGAUGUUGUUGAGACUGCACGGUUUGAUUGGAUCGAAAUGUCAGUCUAGGUUUCUUUUUAACGAAGACUGUCAAUUAUAAAGCUGCAUGUCUGAUGUCUAUAUCCGUCUGCGUCAACUUUCGCCUGUUCGCUAUGAUUAUGUAAUAGUUAAUGAGUGUGACUACGUACCUAUUGUAUAUAAGAAGUUAUAUUUUUGGAUAUACAAGGUAAAUGUGAGAUUGCUUAUUUUUUGAGACUGUUGUCUAAAUUAUGAUCAUGGUAUCGUUUUGUUAAAAUUGUAUAUUUGGAUGUAGAUGUAUUUCAAAAUUAUUUUUAUUUACGAGUUUUAUUUUGGUUGUUACUUUUGUUUUGUUUAAUUAAUUAAAAUGUGUCAAGGUAGGUGUAAUAUGUACUAUCACAGUCCGCACAGUAUAGACAUACUAAGUCAAAUUUAAAUUAAUCACACAUAUCAAUUAUUUAGUUUGUUAUAUUAAUCAUAGUUUUAAUUGGUUGCUUUGUGUUUAAAUGUAGAUUUUGCUAUAUUAGUCCUUAAUAAAUGUUUUUUUUUUGUAAUA